AUGGCGGUCGCGCUCAUGUCGCCGCCGGUCACACUAACAGCAGUAGCAGUCGUCCUCAUUGCUACGACCACCAGCGUUGGCAGCAGCAGCGACACCGACCUCGCCGCGCUGCUGGCGUUCAAGGCCGAGCUCGCCGACCCUCUCGGCGUCCUCCGCGACGGCUGGCCGGCCAACGUCUCCUUCUGCCGCUGGGUCGGCGUGUCGUGCGACCGUCGCCGGCAGCGCGUCACCUCGCUGGCGUUGCCCGGGACGCCGCUGCACGGGCCGCUCUCGCCUCACCUCGGCAACCUCUCCUCCCUCGCCGUCCUCAACCUCACUGGCGCCGGCAUCACCGGCGCCAUCCCCGACGACCUCGGCCGGCUGCGUCGACUCACCUACCUCAACCUCGGCCGCAAUAGCCUCUCGCGCUCCAUCCCAUCCACCAUUGGCAACCUCACCAGCCUCCAGUUUCUUGAUCUGAGCAUCAACUCGCUCUCCGGCGAGAUCCCAGCUCAGCUUUUCAACGCCACGCCAGAGCUCAGCCAUGUCAACUUCGCCAACAACACCUUGUCGGGAUCGAUACCACCUGCCAUUGCAUCCUUGGGCAAGCUCGACUUCCUCAACAUGCAGAUCAACCAUCUCUCCGGCGCGAUACCUCCGGCCAUCUUCAACAUGUCCGGGCUCCAAAUGCUCUACAUGUCCAAGAACAAUCUCACCGGCACUAUCCCUGACAACAACAUUAGCUUCAACCUCCCCAUGCUGCAGGUGAUAUCACUCUCUCUCAACAACUUCACCGGUCCGGUUCCGAUAGGCCUCGCGUCGAGCAAGCAAGCCAGGGUCAUCUCUCUGUCGGAGAAUUUCUUUACAGGUCCCGUGCCGACAUGGCUGGCAGAGCUGCCUCUGCUUGCUGGAAUUUUGUUUGGUGGAAAUGAGUUUGUCGGGACAAUUCCGGGUGUUCUUGGCAACCUCACCAUGCUCAGUCGGCUUGAUCUCUCCUUCUGCAAGCUCCAUGGAGAGAUCCCUCUGCAGCUGGGGAAGCUGACGAAUCUCACCAUCCUGCAGCUGUCAUACAAUCGGUUAUCUGGUUCCUUCCCUACAUUUCUUGGCAACCUGACUGAACUAUCUAUCAUGGCUCUGGAUUCCAAUCAGUUAGCCGGAUCGGUACCAGCAUCAUUUGGGAGCAACCUGAGAUCACUUGAGCAUUUCGAUGUUGGGGACAACCACCUUCAAGGGGAUCUUGGUUUCUUUGCUGCUCUCUCCAGUUGCAGAGAGCUCCAGCUCCUGAGUCUGCACACGAAUUCUUUCACCGGGAGACUUCCAGAUUAUAUCGGCAACCUCUCUAAGAACCUUGCGGUUUUCGAUGUACAUGGUAACAGAUUGACAGGAGGAAUUCCGGUGACAAUAUCCAAUCUAAGUGGUCUCAGCUCGUUGAUCCUUCUGAACAACCAACUCAGCCAGGAGAUGCCAGAAUCUGUCAUGACCAUGGAGACUCUUGAGAGGAUUGACAUUGCAGGGAAUAGUUUUUCUGGUCCUAUCCCUGCAAAAAUUGGUAUGCUCAGGAGGCUUGUACAAUUGUAUCUCUACAAGAAUGAGUUCUCUGGAUCAAUACCAGAAGGCCUUGGUAAUCUCACUAAUUUAGAGUACAUUUCUUUAUCUCAAAAUAAUUUGUCUUCAGGUUUGCCAGCUGGGUUGUUUCGUCUUGAUAACCUUGUCCACCUAAAUCUGUCCCACAACUCUCUGACUGGUUCAUUGCCUGCUGAUCUUGGCCACAUGAAGCAGAUUGAUAAAAUAGAUCUUUCUACCAACAGGUUGGAUGGCAGUAUCCCAGAUUCUUUUGGACAGCUCACAAUGCUAACUUACCUUAACCUUUCUCACAACUCAUUUGAAGGUUCAGUUCCAUACACCUUGCACAAUCUAAUCAGCUUAGCAGCAUUGGACCUCUCUUCCAACAACCUUUCAGGGACAAUUCCAAAUUAUUUGGCAAACUUGAGUUACCUAACCAUCUUGAACCUUUCCUUCAACGAGUUACAUGGUCGAAUACCAGAUGAAGGUGUUUUCAGAAACAUCACCUUGCAAUCUUUGAUAGGUAAUGAUGGAUUGUGCGGUGCUCCUCGUCUAGGAUUUUCUCCAUGUCCAGGAAAUUCUCAGCCAACUAAUAGACACUUGCUAAAAUUUGUACUCCCUGUUGUUGCUUUAGUACUUGUGGUUAUAAUCAUUUGCAUGUUCUUACUGAUCAGAAAGAACAUUAGAAAGCAGAGAGAGGGAACAACUCCUACUGAUGGAGAUGAUCUAGUCAGCUAUAGGUUAGUAUCAUAUAAUGAGAUUGUUCAUGCGACGGAGAAUUUCAACAAGGACAAUUUGCUGGGAGCUGGAAGUUUUGGCAAAGUAUUCAAGGGUCUACUUGACGAUGGAACAGUGGUUGCCAUUAAGGUUCUCAACAUGCAAGUGGAACAGGCUAUUAGAAGUUUUGAUGUUGAAUGUCAGGUUCUACGCAUGGUUCGGCAUCGCAACUUGAUAAGGAUACUGAACAUAUGCUCCAACAUAGAGUUCAGAGCACUAUUGCUUCAGUACAUGCCCAAUGGCAGCUUGGAGACAUACUUGCACAAGGAAGGCCACCCUCCACUAGGAUUUCUUAAGAGACUGGACAUUAUGCUUGAUGUAUCGCUGGCAAUGGAGCACCUGCACUAUCAUCAUUCUGAGGUUAUUUUGCAUUGUGACCUCAAGCCUAGCAAUGUGCUAUUCGAUGAGGAGAUGACGGCACAUGUGGCAGACUUUGGUAUUGCAAAAUUACUGCUAGGUGAUGACAACUCUACUGUUUCAGCCAGCAUGCAAGGGACAAUAGGAUACAUGGCUCCAGAGUAUGCAUUCAUGGGAAAAGCAUCACGAAAGAGCGAUGUAUUCAGCUAUGGAAUCAUGCUGCUCGAAGUCUUCACUGGGAAGAGCCCUACUGAUCCCAUGUUUGUUGGUGACAUGAGCCUUAGGAAGUGGGUUUCUGAAGCAUUUCCAGCAAGGCUUGCGGAUGUUGUGGACGAUAUGCCUCAACAAGGUGAAAGAUUGAUUCAACAAGGUGUUCUUCAGAAGAAUGCUACUUCCUUGCCUUGUUCUACGAGCUGGGCCAAUCAAGAUCUUCUUGUGGCAGUAUUCGAGCUUGGCUUGAUAUGUUGUAGCAGCUCACCAGCAGAAAGGAUGGAAAUGAGUGAUGUGGUCGUGAAGCUAAAGAGUAUCAGGAAGGAUUGUUCCACAUAUACAAAAUCAAUAUAAAAUUAUCAUUUCAGCAUUUUGAUCAUCGAUUACGUGUAUACAUUACUUGGCUGCUCACUGGCCACAGUUAUUUACCAAUGAGGUUAAUUAGCAUUAAUAUUAAUUGAAAUCGUAGUUAACUUGCACCAAACAAAGAAAAAUAGAGUCUUCAUUUAUAACUGUAUAUAGCUCUUUUAAUAACAGAAAUAGAUUACAUUCCUGGCCUCUGCCAUCUUCUGGCACACAACCAUUGGGCCAUGUAUACAGUUUUAAUUUGUUUACGA